AGGUUAAGCUAGUUAACCCUUCCCUACCUCAGUCCGUCCUCCGGCUCUGUGGACCUCCUCUGGACCUCCUCCUCUUUGCACCUCCUGCUCUUUGGACCUCCAGCUCUGGGUUUAAAUGGCCGGCGUCGCCCUGCAGUGUUCCGCUCCCUGGCGUUUGGUCAAGUUAAGAAGCUUGGUCAGACUCUCCAGUAUUCCCAGUCUGAAGUUCCACACCACAGCCUCUCCUAUGAUGGGUGCGACCGUGGAGCAGUUCGAACAGGCGAAGGGCAAACUGUCGACGCUGAGGAACGACCCCGGCAAUGAGGUCAAACUGAAGAUCUACGCUCUCUUCAAACAGGCCACUCAGGGUCCCUGCAACACGCCCAAGCCAGGCAUGCUGGACUUCGUCAACAAGGCCAAAUGGGAAGCAUGGAAAUCUCUGGGCUCCAUCUCACAGGAUGAAGCCAGGCAGCAGUACUGCAACCUGAUUGGCUCCCUGGUGGAGGCAGAAGGUCCGAGCUCCGCCCGGGAGGCCGCCUCACCUGCUGGGAGCGGGGCGACGUACAAGACGCUACAGGUCACCACGGAGGAUGACAUCACCACCAUAAAACUGAACCGACCGGCCAAAAAAAACGCCAUCACUACCGAGAUGUACAGUGAAAUGAUCGCAGCUCUGGAGCAGGCGGCGAAAGACCAUUCAGUCAUCACUGUUUUUACUGGUGCUGGUGAUUUCUACUGCAGUGGAAACGACCUGACCAACUUCCAGCUGAAAGAGGGAGGGGUGGAGGAGAUGGCCAGACAAGGUGGAGAGCUGCUCAGGAAGUACGUCAGGGCCUACAUCGACUUCCCGAAGCCGCUGGUUGCCGUGGUGAAUGGACCGGCUGUAGGAAUCUCAGUCACUUUGCUGGGACUCUUUGAUCUGGUCUACGCCACAGAGAGGGCGACCUUCCACACUCCGUUCAGUCAGCUGGGUCAGAGCGCUGAAGGCUGCUCCUCCUACACCUUCCCCAAGAUAAUGGGCACCGCCAAGGCCAGUGAAAUGCUGUUGUUCAAUAAGAAGCUGACGGCGGCUCAGGCCUGUGAACUGGGUCUGGUCACUGAGGUUUUCCCAGACAGCAGCUUCCAGUCGGAGGUCUGGACCAGACUGAAGGCCUACGCCAAGCUGCCCCGCAAUUCUUUGGCGUUCUCCAAGCAGCUGAUCCGCUCAGUGGAGAAGGAGCGUCUCUACGCGGUAAAUGACGCAGAGGUGGAGUGUCUGAUUGGCCGCUGGAUGUCAGACGAGUGUUUCAACGCCGUCAUGAGCUUCUUCCAGGCCAAGGCCAAGCUCUGAGGGAGGGAGGAGGUGUGUGUGUGUGUGUGUGUGUGUGUUCUGAGGACCAAUAAUCCUCCAGGAUCAGGACUGAAACUGAAACUCCAGGAUAAUUCUUCCUCGUAGUUUUUAUUACGAGAAGCUCGGCUGUUGUUAAACGGCACAAACGAGUGAUUUCACACGUAGAACAUGAACUCUGCUUCUGUCUUUACAUUCACUUCCUGUCAGAAAAUCAAACCCUCUGAUUCUCAGUUCUCCAUCAGGUCUGGGUCCUGAUCUGUGCUGAGACCAGAUCUGUUUUAGCCGCGUUAGCAGCGCCGUGUUGGCGUCUCUGAGGAUGGACUCUGAUGAUCCUCUGACUUUUCCUCUGGCGCCUCCAUCAGGUCACAUUUGAAUUUGUCCAGUACUUUGGUUUGUGCAGAGCUAAUGACUCUCCCAUCAGCCUCAGCUGGACUCUGCGUUCAGUGCUAA